GGAAAAGUCAAUGCAGGGCACAGCCCCUACCACCCAAUCCGUUCCAAUCCCCGUUCCUUCAGUUAAAAUCCAUUUGACUGCGGACCGUCGAUGACGACGUUAUAUUACUCCAGAUGACAUAGGUUGCAACUUAUCCUUGAGGACGUCGCCGACAUUGUUCCUGUUACUCCUCUCCUUCAUCGUCGUUGAUCCUCUCCUCUGCCAUCCAAGAAACAUACACCAGCCGACCAUUCCCUGAUAUUCUCCUGUCGUGACUUUGCUCACGUGCUCGUGCUCGUGUUCGUGCUCAGUCUGACGUACUUGGCUCUUGCUCGGUGGUACGGCUGAAACUCCCGGAGUGUGUCUUUCUUUAUCUUUAUUUCAACAAAUUUCCCAUCUGGACUUCAUGAUGCAGGCAAAUUAAGCCCAGGCUAGGCAAUGGUUGUGAGUUGGACGACCUAGGUAAUGAGUGUUGCAAUCUGCUUUAUCCGAGUCACCUGAACCCGGCCUCUCCCACCGAAUCGUCACCAUGCACCGGGUGGGAAAAUGGCUCGAUCGGGGCCGUUCCAUGGCUUCUGCUUCGACUCAGUCUCUCGAUUCGUUGGCUGAGGCUCAAAACCUGGAGACUGCACUUCGUGCGGUGGAAUUGAUCAUGGACGAUGACAUUACUGGCGCCGAAAAGGGCCUCGCGGAUGGUAACUCCUCCUUCCACAAACUCGCAAGAGGCACCUUAGGCUUCUUCCGAGCCACUCUGGGAUUCGAGCAGGACGUCAUGAAGGAGGCCUCGGAUACCUUGUACGAAGCCGAGUCCAGCGCCUCCACCAGUUACUACAAGGCUCAGCAUGAUCAAAAGGCAUUUAAUUCCAACAUAUACGACCGAGGCUCCGAGUUUGCCUUGUGCCAGGCUGAGGCCCAGAUCAUGUCCGCUGUGGUCGGAGUGCUGAAUGAGAGCUUGACCGAGUCGCUCAAGGGCUUCUACAAGUUGAGAAAGGCUUAUAUCACCCUUGACGGCAUUAUUCAAAUGGAGAUCAAUUUCAUGAAAGCUCGCCAGGUCACAAGUCUUGCAAACUCGAGGAAUCAGUCGAGCGAGAGCCUGCCCUCGGUCACCUCGGAGAAUGCUUCCACGGUCAAUGCACCCGUUCAGGUACCUUCCACAGACAAAACAUCGGGAGCUCAUCCAGUCAAACCGUCAGCGUUACGCCAUGCUGAAUCGGCCGAAACUUCAAACGACGAUUCCAAUAAUGACGACGAAAGCGACGUCUUCCACGAGACCAAGACAAUUGGCCCCGACAAUCCCAUCACCGAAGAAUACAUCGGUCACCUUGACAAGGACGAGAGUGAGCAGCUGACCGACCUCGACCGUAAAAUUGAACAAAUGAACAUUUCCCACCACUCUGACGCGCUUCAACCUCAAGGGAUCAUGAAGCCACCACCACCGACCAGUCUGGGGAUGCUCACUGAGGACGCCGACUCAGAAAUCUUCUCCAAUUCUCUCGACGUCUUUAUCCACUCUGGGGCUAACCUGAUGUCUGGGGUGCUUGCACUAUUGAUUUCGGUAAUCCCUCCCGCCUUUAGCCGACUACUUUUCAUUGUCGGGUUUCGCGGAGACCGCGAACGGGGGAUCCGAAUGCUGUGGCAAGCUAGCAAAUUCUCCAAUAUCAACGGCGGCAUGGCGGGGCUGGUAUUGUUCGGCUGGUACAAUGGACUAGUGGGAUUCUGCGACAUCAUCACCGACUCCGACCCAAACAACCCUCACGACGUCGACGGAUACCCGGCCGAACGUCUACAACGGCUACUCAUCGAAAUGCGAAAACGCUACCCGAACAGUCACUUGUGGCUGGUCGAAGAGGCACGUAUGGCGGCUGCUCAACGCAACGUGGACUUGGCGCUGGAGACGCUCUCCAAGCCGGGAAAGUCGCAGCUCAAGCAGAUUGAAGCCCUGCACAUGUUUGAAAAAAGCCUCAACGCUAUGUAUGCGCAUCGAUACCAGCUUUGCGCGGACUCGUUCCUGGCGUGUGUCGAACUGAACAGCUGGUCACAGGGGCUGUACUUCUAUAUCGCGGGAGCGUGCCACCUGGCCGCGUACAGGCACGACAAGUCGCUCAGCGAGAAGCAGCGAGCGGUGCAUGCACGGACUGCCGAAGAACACUUCCGAACGGCACCAACACGCGUGGGUAAGAGGAAGAUGAUGGGACGACAACUUCCAUUUGAUGCAUUUGUGGUGCGGAAACUAGCCAAGUGGGACGAGCGGGCGACGCGGCUGCGUUGUAGUUUUGUGGAUGCCAUUGGUGUGGACCCUCUGGAGGAGAUGAUCCUGCUGUGGAACGGAUAUAAGAAGAUGUCGGAGAAGCACUUGAUGGUCUCACUCGAGCACCUGGCUUGGUCCGAGUCCAACGCCAAUGGGCGGGACUGGGAGGACGAGUCCCUGGACGAGCGCAGCAUUCUAUACUUGCUCAAGGCGGUCAUUUUCCGCAACCUGCGGCGGCACGACGAGGCGAUUGAGAUAUUGCGCACGCACAUCCUGAAUCACACUUCGGCCGAUUUCAAGGGACCUAAUCAUGAUGACUGGACGGCGCCAACCGCGCACCAUGAAAUGGCCGCCAACUUGUGGACGCAGAGAGAGGCCUAUAUCAAGAUCCACGGCCGUCACAUGGCUGGAUUUGGGUUCGUAGUAAGGUCGGACGCGAGCGGGUCGGCUGAGGGGGCGAAUACCAAUAGCAGCAGGCCAACAACAGGGUCAGCGACUGAAUCACCGGCGCAGCAGCGACACGCGGGUCAUCGCAGCGACGCUGAUCUCGUUCGCGAGUGCAAGGUGUAUCUUGAAAAGGCUAAGAACUGGGAAAAGUAUGAGAUGGAUGCCCGGCUGGGGAUGAAGAUUACAGCGGCCCUCAACGCGGUCAAGAGGUGGGAGGAAAAAUCUGCUGCUGGUUCUACUUAGCCAGGGGAUUGUGAUGACAGAGGCGGAAAAGGAUAAAUGUAUGGGACAAUCGGCCAGUGAGUUACAUCUACCAUGGUUGUUUAGAGGAAUUCUAGGGCUAGAAGGAUCGAUGUCGUUGCUGGCGGCUGUAUUUGGCCGGAAAGAAGACAUAGAAUGGUUUUAAAUUGUACAGGGACAAAAGUUCUUUGAGGAUUUGAUGUCGUGAUAUCUUCUAUAUUGUGGUAGAUUAUGG